AACUGCAAGAUGAACGUCAGCAGCAUCAGAAAGACCUCGCAGAGCGUGAUUUCGCCAGCGACCAGACCCGAAAAAAAUAUCAAGGUUGGUGACAGCUUUCAUAAGAGAUCCUUUCUAAUGACAAGCUGCAGCUGAACUAGCCCAGUUGAGCGAAGAAAUGCAAGCGCAGCGAGAUGCGAUGACGAGGCUACGAGAAGAUAAUCGCAAAAUACAUUCAGACUACGACGAGCUGCAGCUAAGAUUUGAUGACGAGGUCUACAAUGGAGGCGCCUGGAACAGGGAGAAAGAGCGGAUGGAGACGAAGAUCGCCGAUCUAACCAAAGCUUUUGAGUCAUCGACUACUGCUCAAUCCGACCAACAAGCGCAGAUCGUGUCACUUCACUCGCAAGUUCGGGAGCUUCGAAGCGUUCUCAAUGACGCUGAAGCGGACAGGGCAAUGCUACAAAAGGCACGCCGCUCUUUGCAGGCGGAACUUGAAGGCAUCAAGCUUGACCAUGUCGAUGCAACGAAAAUGACUUCGGAUCGAGAACUACAAAAGCUACAGCUGGAGAAACAAGAUCUUGAGCGAUCUCUGGAGGAACAAAAAGAUCGUGUAGUUAUGGCCUUUGACCGCUUGAAGAGAGCCGAGGCACAUGCCAAUGAAAGCCAGCUGGAACUUGACCGGACCCGCGUUGAGAAUACUGAACUGGACAGAAUAAAUGCACAGCUAGAGAAGCAGGUCAAAGACCUAAACGUCCGCGUGGUUGACCUUGAAACGAAGUCAUAUGCAAAUUCUCCUCACCCAUCCUCCACUGUCAGGCAGCUGCAGGGCCGUAUCGAUGAACUCACUACUCAACUCAAGCAAGUAUCACGCGAGAAAGUCGACUCCAACCGCUUGCAUAGUUCUGAUAAGGCAAUUCGCGACAUACAACUACAGUUAGCUGAAAGCGAAAGGCACCAUAUCAAAUUGGAGGAGGAGCGAAAAAUAUCCGAGGGUCAAAUAAUUUCACUCCGACAGACACUGGACAAAGUUCAAUCAAGGGAGAGUGAACUUGAGCGCGUGAAACGUCGCCUAGAGCGAGAGGCCAUGGACUCCAAGCAGGCGAUGCUGAACCUGCAACGUGAAGUUGAACGACUGCGCGCACGCCUUAAUCGGCCGAUGUCAGUCGUUAGUGACGGAGGCUCCACCCCUGCAAGCUCGGGGUCUCCUCGCAAGGCGGCUCCAUAGCAUUAGCUAGUAUUCAAAUUAAUCAACUCGACGGGUGUAUGACUGCUCAGCAAAACAUCAAGUUAUUAAUUGUUUUCGUC